AUGACGUUCGUCGCCUCUGUUUUGGCCGCCGCGGCUGGCUUGCUCGCAUUCAACUCUGUUCCCCCCGUUAUCGCUUUGAAUAAUGGUGUCGCGCGUCUUCCUAUUCUAGGCUACAAUACAUGGAACCGCUUUUUUUGCGACAUCGAUGAGGACCUUAUAUUGACGACGGCCCAAUUGAUGAAAUCCCUUGGCCUGCAGGAUGUGGGAUACAACUAUGUUAACAUCGAUGAUUGCUACUCCGAGAGGAAUCGAACCGAAAACGGCGAUAUCAUUGAAGACCAAGUUCGUUUCGGAGGCGGAAUGGUGAAACUAAACGAGCAGAUCCACGCGUUAGGAUUCAAAACAGGCAUUUACAGCGACGCGGGCUGGUUUACUUGUGCAGGCUACCCGGGAUCAUAUGGGAACGAACUCCGUGAUGCGCAAACAUUUGCCAACUGGGGCUUUGAUUAUCUGAAAUAUGACAACUGUAAUAUCCCGUUCGAUAGCAUUACCCGCACUGGCAUCAUCGGACGUUACGAGCGCAUGAGGGACGCCCUGGCAGAAGUCGGAAAAUCAGUAGGAAGGGAGAUUGUCUUCUCGUUGUGCGAAUGGGGCUGGAGUCAAGUCUGGCUCUGGGGCGCUGAGUUAGGACAUAGCUGGAGGACUACUGGCGAUAUCGCGGCGAACUGGAAUUCGUUGGCCUUCAUCAUCAACUUCAACUCUUUCAUCACUCAGGCCACUGACUUCUACGGCCGCAAUGAUCUCGACAUGCUUCAACUCGGGAAUGGCGGCCUCACAUAUGAGGAAGCGAAGUCUCACUUCACGGCUUGGGCAUUGAUGAAGUCGCCACUUCUAAUUGGAACAGACCUCCGGUCCAUCGAUCCUGAAAUUCUCGAUAUCUUGAAAAACACCGAGAUUCUGGCAAUCAACCAAGAUCCGGUCAUAGGAAAAAGUGUCUCGCCUUUCCGGUGGGGAAUCAACCCUGACUGGACCAGUAACAGCACGCACCCUGCGCAGUAUUGGAGUGGUCCGACGCAAGAUGGUACUGUCUUCAUGCUGCUGAACACCCUGAACGAACCAUCUACGAUGACAUUCAAUUUGACGGAGUCCCCCUGGAUCCGUGCUGGUCGUCAAUACUCUGUUAGGGACCUCUGGUCGCACACAGACAACGGAACGGCUGUCCGGAACUUUACUGCGCACGACGUGCCUCCUCACGGUGUCGUUGCCUUGCUUUUGAAGGACGCUGGCGAUGAACCAGAUGGUAUCUUUCCUCCGUGCAGCGUGUGGUUCCAAUGCGCAGAUAAAAAUGGCACUCGCAUCGGCGAUUAA